ACAGCAGACUCUGCUCUUUCAAGAGCAGUUCUUGAACUGAGCUUUCUGACCGCGUUUUACUGAAAGCUGUAAGCAAUGCACUCUAUAUAUUCAUACGCUGUGGACACUUUCCUCUACUUCUCGUCAAAGCCCUCAGCAGCCUGCGAUGUGUCAGCCCCAGAAGGAGAAACAAAGAAUUCACAAGAAAGCACGGACACAGGAGACAGAAAACAUGACCAUUCCUCUUCCUUUAUGGCUGAUGGAGUGAUCAAGGAGGAAGAAUACGAAGAGAUUCCCCAGGACCAUCCUGCAGGAGCGCUGCGUCAGCAUCCUAAACAGGACAUUUUAGGAGGUCUGGGGGAGGCCCCGCCGGGCCCCCGGAGACUGAGGCUCCUGCUGGUGGGGAAAACGGGCAGCGGGAAGAGCGCCACGGGGAACAGCAUCCUGGGCAGGAAAGAGUUCGAGUCUAAACUCAGCGCUCACCCGGUGACCCGCGCCCUGCAGCGGGCCAGCCGCGGCUGGGCCGGCCGGGAGCUCGAGGUGAUCGACACCCCAGACAUCCUGUCCCCGCGGGGCUCGUCGGAGGCCGUGUGCGAGGCGGUCGCCUUCUCCGCCCCGGGGCCGCACGCGGUGUUGCUGGUGACGCAGCUGGGCCGCUUCACCGAGGAGGACCGGCAGGCGGUGCUGCGCCUCCAGGUGGCCUUCGGGGUGGACGUGCUGGCCCACACGGUGCUGGUGUUCACGCGCAAGGAGGAUCUGGAAGGGGGCUCCCUGGAGCGGUACGUGCGGGACACCGACAACGAGCACCUGGCGCUGCUGGACCAGGUGUGCGCGCGGCGCCACUGCGCCUUCAACAACGCGGCGCGCGGCGCGGAGCAGGAGGCGCAGCUGCGCGAGCUCCUGGAGCAGAUCGACGGCCUCCUGUGGGAGAACGACGGCCGGCACUUCAGCAACCGCGCCUACCUCUACUCCCAGGGUCUGCGCGGAGGCGGCGAGGAAAGGAGGGUCCUCGGGGGGCGAGGCUCGGAGGAGGCGCCCGGCGCUGAGCCCGGGAGGGAGGGGCUGUGCCAGAUCCAGAAGGAAUCGGAGGAAGCUCACAGUCGUCUGCUGGGGAGGGCGCCCAUUUGAGCCUCGGCUGGACCUCAGCCGCCGUGGCUAGCUACCCGCCCCUCGGUGCCCGGGGGUCCCUGGCCAUCUCAGCCUCCUGAUCGGCAGGUGCGUUCAGAGUGCCCCACUCGCACCGCGCCCUGGGGCCUUCAUCACACCUUCUGGGGCGAUGAACGGCUUCAACACUGUAGGGAGCAGCCUGCCUGGUAGAAGGGAGAACUCUGCGGUGAGCUGGAGUCUUUCUGGGGGGCUGUUUCUGCUCACAGGGUUCCGAAGAAGCCACCUAGGCUUGGAGAAGAGAGCAAGCAGGAUGCGGUCUGGCUCUGGCCAUCUAGCUGCAUAAGGAGAUGGAUGGGCCUCAGGGGCACUUCAGCUUCUUUGAGGUGCUUCUGUGGAGUCUGACCAGCUGAUGGGGCGGAAGAGGAGCAGACUGGACUUCUGGGAGGGGUGGGAAGUGACCAUGGGGGAGACAGUGCUGGACGGCGGUCAGAGACCAGAGGACACAGUGUCAGGUCCAUUUGGACCUCGUCCAAUGGUUAAGUCUCUACAACCAGAUGCGCGCUGACGAGUCUCCCAGUGUGGCGGCCAGGACACCUGUCUUCCUCGGACGCAAAGGACCUCUACGAAAGUUUGAGCAUUUCGUUUGCUUUAGAAGACUCAGAAAAGCGUCUCAGGGCCCAACAGAGACUUAUGUGGGGUGCAUACUUAAGUCUUUGUGUCAGAACCUUAUAGAUAUGCCAUCCAUUUCCCACUGAACUGAACUGAACUGAGGCACAUUUAUCAUAUAAUACGUUUUCAUAUUCCCUAAGAUCUACCUUUCUUCCUUUUUUAUGAAUAAAAUAUUGAUUUGAUUUCAGA